CCAACUCCCAAAAUCUCUCUCAACUUUUGCAAACCAAGCUUCUGCCUUUGAACAUUCCGCAUCUUUGUGCGCAACAGCGAGCUGGGCUUCAACGGCAAGUGGUGGCAAGCAACUGCAGCGAGCGACGACGAGCAGCGGCAGAGAGCGCCGGCGAGCAGCGACAGUGUGCACUGGGGAGCAGCGGCAGUAGGUUGGCAUUAGUGGCGACGUCGACCAGAUCUACGGGUAGCAGUGGUGGAUCUGUGACGGUGGCGACCGGAUUUGCAGUGGCGGCGGCUGGAUCUGCAGGAGUGGCGGUCAACAGAGGCCAUAUCUGGUCCGAUCUAGGGAGGUUGUGGCCGGAUCUACGGUGGCGCUGAUCUGAUAUGCAGAGGCGGCAGCCUGAGGUGGGCGACGGCGGGCGACGGCGGCCGGAGGUGGCUGGAGGCGGCGGGUCAGGUGGUCUGUCAAGGGCUUUGUGAAGUUUGGGGAUAUUUUUGUCCAACUGCAAAUAAUAACUCCUAUUUGGGGAAUUAUUAUACUUUGGUCUUAUCUUGGCAAUUAAUAAUAUAAUUACUCCCAUUUAGGUAUCCCGGUCUCCAUGAUGAACGUCAGAGGGCUUGCUGACCUGAAGAAGAAGAAAUCCUCCAAGGUCCCGAAGGGGACGGAUGCUGGCGUCUCUAAACCCGCCGGUGUCUUCUUUAAGAAGCCCGAGGGGCCGUCGGCGGUCCCAAGUGCUGACGCUGCCGCCACUGCGAAGAGAAAGGCUGCGGGCAAGGCUCCCGAGGGCAAAAGGCCAAAAACGGGAGAUGCCGGGAAGAAGGAUCCCCCCGUGGUCAUUGUAGAUGAUUGCCCCGCCUCCAGGAUCCCUGUGGAGAUGCCGGUGGCGGAAGUGCCGAGGGGUGUCCGGGAGCCAUCCUCCGAGGUCCUCAUGGUUUCUCUCCCGGUAGGAACAGCCGUGACGAACUGCACGGCGGACCCGAGGGUACUUCUGAGGGGCAUGACCCCCGAGAUUGACAGAGCCGCCCUCGGGGCUGAUGAUGACCUGGCCCUCGAGGACAAGAUCCUCCGGUCUUCCCUCACAACUUGCAUUGCCCUCGGUGAACAGGCCUGGAGGCUGGAGGAGUGGCGUCGGCACAAGGCUGAGCAGGAUGCGAAGAUGCGGGAGCUUAUCUGCCAGAACUCUGAUGCCAUCCGGCAGAUGGCUAUGCUGGAGGAGAGCCUUCGGCAGAUGACGCUGCGGGCGGAGGCCGCAGACCAGGGCAAGGCCGAGGCUGAGAGGUCCGCAGCUGAAGCCCUCGAGAGAGCCACCAAUGAGGCCGAGGCCGCCAAGGCGAAUGCCGUCACGAAGGCCCGAGAGGACGCCGUCUCCGGAUUUUUGGCAGGAGGGUGGAGAGAAGAGGAGCAUAAACAAUGGUUGUCCUCGGUCGUGGAGUCCUCCGUCGAUGAAUGGUGUGACGGGCCCGGUGUGGAAUGGGUUUCCCGAAAGGGCAAACAAUACUAUGAUGGGGGUGAGUUUUUUACUCAAGCCCUCAUCUACCGGAGGAUGGCCCGUCAUUUGAAGAUCGAGCAGAAAGACUUUGACCCGGCGGCAUACGGACUUCCCCCCUGCAGCCAGAUGUCCGUGUUCCUCUCCCCUCGGAUGUCGAGAGGCCCGACCUGGAAGAUACGGAGCUGAUGAAGGAGGUCGAGGGGGGCGAUGCAGAGGCCGGCAUAGAGGUCUCCUCAAAGCCUGCGGAAGAGACUGCCCCCGGGGCUGUUAAUAUCUAAUUUUUAUUUAACAAAUUCUGAACAAUCUUGUUGUAAUGAAUGCUUGUAUGCCCUUGGCCUUCGGCCCCUUUUGUAAUGUAUACUUCAACUUUUCUCCCCUC